AUGGACAUUAUUUAUUUGCAAAUGUAGAAAUAACCUAUUUAAUGGAAUAUUUAAUCUAAAAGCACUUGCUCAUCAAAAGAGGAAAAUAGUAAAGAAUUUGAUUGGAAUGAUAUUGAAUUUCUAUAUUAACAGUGCUAAUAAUAGGAUCAGGCAUCCAACGUUACUAAUAUUAUUAGAAGUAGUCAGGAAUCAGAGUUUAAUCUAAAAAUGGAUCGACUCGUAAGAACAAAUAAUCAAAGUAGCCUUAGUGAAGUGAAUGACAAUGAGGCAACCCUGGAAAUAAAUGAAGAUCAAAAAGAUAAUUCUAAUGAAUUACCAUAAAAGCCUAUCAUAAAGAGAAGGAAUACAUCCUAUAGAGGACACACAAAAUCCUUUUCAUAAGUAAUAUAUGAACAAGAAAAGUUUAAAAGGUAUCGUAACAACAAAAGGAGUGCAAGAACGCUUUCUAUGGUUUCUUUAAAACGAUCAUUAAUGACUCCUCUAUUUAAGGUCAGCUAAUAAAAAAAUCUAAAAGAAAUUUGUGUCAACUAUCUAAACUCGGAAUACUCAAAGAAACUAAUCGUAGAUAAAAAUAUUUUAGCUUGUGAAUUAAUAGUUUUUGCCAUAUAAGAAUACAAGAAAACCUUAGGAUUUGAUUAAAGAUUGUUAAAAUACUCAAACUUUACAUUAGCAUAUUAAUUGACAAGUAUAGAGGAAUAUUGUGAUUUUUCUGCUUCUCCCUCUUUUAAAGAUAGCAUUAUUGAAAAUUAACCACCAAGAUAGGAUUCAAUCCAAUAAUUUUAAUAUAUAUUUGACGACAUUGAAAUGAAUCCUAACAAAGGAUUCUUUAAUUUGGAAUUGAAUUAGAAAGUGGAUUUCAAAAAUGUCACUCUCAGCAUUGCAGACACAUCUAAUUUUGGUAUAGAUUUAUUUACAGUUGAAAAAACUCUUAUGACUUAUCCAACAUAAAUAAUUUUAUUGCUAGAGGAUGCAGAAAAUGAAAUAUUUUAUAAUUUAAAAUUUGAAUAAAAUGCAACCAUUUAGGAAAUUUACAAUGAAUUGAAAAAGAAAGGAAACUUUAAGUAUAACUAAAAUGAAUGUUUUUUCUUACUAAAAUUUCCUUGCAUCAAUUUUAAUAAUUCAGAAGCUUUAGACAUUAAAUUCCCAAUAUCCUUGCUGCCAAUUCAUUGGUUGAUUAUUCAAUUUAAAAUUUCUAAAAAAAACAAUGAUCAAAUUAAAGUCUCAGGAUUUGGGUUGAAAUCUUUAAAAUCAAUAUCACCAUCAAUGAUUCAAAAGGAAGAAUUCGUUGAUCAAAAAAAUCUUUAGAUGUUCAACUAUGAAGAAUACAAAGUUGUAAAGAUAGAGAAUAACGGAUUGUAGAAUGAAGUUAUUAUUGGGAUAGACUAUUUUGAUUUAUAUUACUACUACACAACGGAAAAGCAACAAAAAUAUUCUUUCUAUAAGAUUGCUAAAUUGAUGGUUCAAUUUUUAUUGGAAAAUCAUUAAUCUGGGUAAACCAAAGAUUAUAAAAGAAUAUAAAUAUCAUCCAUUCUUUGGGUUAGACUCAAAAAUGAUUAAUAGCUUAUGAUUAAAUAUGUUAAAAAUGAGGAUUCAAUCAAAAAAAUACAAUUCACGCUUCCAAAAAAUAACAAUGAAAAUGAUAAAAUGAAAUUAUAGGAAUAGCAAGUGUAAAUUAAGAAUAUCGUGGAGAAAUUAUAAUUUAUAAUUAAAGAAAGAAGGAAAAAUAAUCACUCUUAAUGA